GUAACAAAAAAUGAAAAAGAUAAUUUUCAAUUGCAAGAACUUGAAACAUCAAGCCAUUCAAAUUCUUUACAACGAAAAAGACUUAAGAAUAAGUAUGUGUUUGAUCGUACAAAACAAAUUUAUAUCAAAGAGCCUAAAACCCACUUAUUGUACACGAGGUCAAUGAUAUCCACGCAACCAAAUGUUAAUAAUAAAAUUUUAGCCAAUGAUUUAUUGAGAUGGCCAUCAACAGGAUUAAAAAUUAGAGCAACAUUGAAUAAGAAGCAUUGUCCUUGGGCCAAAAUAUUACAAGACUUAUUUACUGAUAUGAUUGAGAACUGUUGUAAUGCAUGUGAAGAAAUGUAUCAGGAGUCAGCGCGUAGAAAUACAAGUGCCAAUAAAAGCCUUAGAUUAUCUGACUUCGCACGUGGUAAAUCGUCCUCUAGACCGAGCACACCACGGCAAACCUCUUCCAAGUCGGGAUUAAAUUUAACUGCAGAACGAAACGUGGAAUGCGAAGUCACAGAUACGGAUAUGUUACUCAUGCCACCUCCGUUGCCAUUACAAGUACCAACCUCGGAAUUGAUAGUAGAUGAAAAUGAGCUGAAUCAGCAGGCAAAAUUAUCAGAAGCAGUGCAGUUAGUAGUGAUCCCAUUGUAGUAUUAAAAACUCUGCAAAUGCAUUAAAUUUAUUCACUUUGGAAGGAU